UACCCUUUACAGGCCCUCUCUAACAUACACACCCCUCGCCCACUCAAUGGCUGCUGCACUACCAUCGUUGGAGGAGCAACUCCUCUCUGCAACGAACGCGUUUCUCAAAGCGCUAGCUUGCAACCUAUCCCCUCUUCGUCUCCUCUCCUUUUUCUCCUCUUCGUCUCCAGUAACCCUCCAACACGCGCAAGCACGGUGUCCCCAUGCACAGACAUCACGAUUCACAGGGCUUAACGCCGUUAGAUCGUAUUUUGACCUUCUUACAGCCCACUGGACACGUUCUGCGAUGCAGAUCCACAGCAGACCAUGGCUUGAUGUCCAAAAACGUCGUAUCGUCAUCGACGCUAGUGUCACUUGGAUGUGGCGCUCGAGCGGUCGAACAUGGACCGAAGACUUUAUCUGCACAAUCGACUAUGACGAUGCUUUCAAAAUCGUCAGCUUUGUCGUGGAGACAGAGUCACCACCAGAAACGUGUAUCAUGACAGCGAAGGACAUACCCUCUGUGUCAGCCGCUUCUUUUCCAGCCAUUCGCCCAUCGUCACCGCUGGCUCCAAGCCCCAGAAGAAGUUACUUCUCCGAGCUGCAUCGGAUAUAGGCCUACAACUACCGCGUUGCCGCUUGUGCAGCCGACCACGAAGCUCCUAAAACAUACCAUAUAUUCCAUCACCUGGACUCGGCCUCGGGCAUCCUCUACGACACACACACCCCCAUUUCUACAGUCGUCGCUUCCACCGCCUUUCGGAUUUAUCAUAUGCGUGCUUGUGCCUGGCACAGAGGCACUUUUUGUUCACCGGUUCCCUCGACCCUGCUGGGAUUUUCCGAGGAGGCCAUUCGUGUUUGACUCCUUUGUCUCACCCAUC